AUGAGGAAAAACGUUUUAUAUGCUUUGAGUGUGGAAAGAGCUUUACUGAUGAUGGACUCCUUCAUCGACAUGAAUGGAUUCACAUGGGGAGAAAUGCUAAAUGUGCCUGAGUGUGGAAAGACCUUCAGUCAGAUAUGCGAGCAAAGAAUCCCCUUUACAAAGCAUCAAAGUAUUCACACGGGAGAACAACGCUAUAAAUGCCUCAAGUGUGGAAAGAGUUUUACUAUACCUGGACGCCUUUAUGACCAUCAAAGGAUUCACACUGGAGAGAAACCCUAUACAUGCAUGGAAUGUGAAAGCAGCUUCCUUAAGCUUCAGUCAGACAAGACACAUCAAAGAGUCCACAUAGGAGAGAAACACCUGGAGUGUGGAAAGAGCUUAAGUGAGAGAACAGACACAAGAUACUUGCUGAGGUGGGUUCAAAGGCCGCCAUUUCCCCUCCAUGGAGACCUUGGGGAGGACGGAGGAGCCCGGCGGGGGAAGGAAGGAGGCACCGCCCGAGAGGAGGAGGAGAGCGGGCCCGCGGAGCAGCCCUGCCCGGUCCCGGCGCAGCUUCCCCGGGAGACGGCGGGGAAAGGCCGGAAGGCUCCGGGGCUGAUGAGCCCAGGGGAACCCCGGGAAAGUGGACUGCCCAAAGGGCGAUGCGCGAAGAAGGAAACGGGAGGAGGGUCCUUCGGAAUCCCCAGAGGAUUCAGGAGGGAGAAGAGGAAUAUCAAUGCCCGGAAUAGUGUGGAAAGAGCUUCAGUCAGAGGGGAAACCUUUCUAGACAUCAAAGGAUCCACAGGAGAAAAACCUCAUAAAUGCCUGGAGUGUGGAAAGAGCUUCAGAUAUAGCAGCAGCCUUUAUACACAUCAAACAAUCCACACAGGAGAAAAACCACACAAAUGCUUGGAAUGUGGAAAGAGCUUCAGUCAGAGGAGCAGCCUUUAUACACAUCAAAGAAUCCACACAGGAGAAAAACCUCAUAAAUGUCUGCAGUGUGGAAAGAGCUUCAGUCAGACCAGCAGCCUUUACAGACAUCAAAGGAUCCACUCUGCAGAGAAACUGAAUAAAAGUCUGGAGGGCAGAGGGUCCUUCAAAAAACCUGGGAAUCCCCAGAGGAUCCAGGAGGGAGGAAAGAAAUAUCAGUGCCCGGAAUGCGAAAAAUUCUUCAGAACAAAUAAUGUACUUGAAGACCAUCUAAGAAUCCAUGCAGAAGAGACAUCACAUAAAUGCUUGGAUUGUGGAAAGAGCUUCAGGCAAAGUGAACAUCUUUAUAGACAUCAAAGGAUCCAUUGCAGAGAGAAGCCAUACAAAUGCCUAAAGUGUGGAAAGAGCUUCAACAUGGAGGAAAACCUUUAUAGACAUGGAAGUAUUCAUACUGGAGAGAAACUGAAUAAGUUCCUCAAGGAUGGAGAGUCCUUUGGAAGACCUGGGAGUCCUCAAAGGGUCCACAAGAGAGGAAGGAAGCACAAAUGCCCAAAAUGUGAAAAAUCCUUCAAAAAAUAUGGAGAUCUUCAAAGGCAUAUAACAGUCCACACAGGAGUAAGGAAAUAUCAGUGCCCCGAAUGUGAAAAAUCUUUCAAAAGAAGUGACCAUCUUCAAAGCCAUCUAAGGAUCCACACGGGAGAGAAACUGAAUAAAUGUCUGGAGUGUGGAAUGAGCUUCAGUCAUAGGAGCAGCCUUUAUAGACAUCAAAGGAUCCAUUUAGAGGAGAAACCAAAUAAAUGCCUGGAGGGCAGCAAGACCAUCGGAAGACUCUGGAAUCCCCAAAGGAUCCAAGAGGGGGAAAAGAAAUAUCAAUGCCCAGAAUGUGAAAAAUCCUUCAAAACAAAUAAAGAACUGCAAAGGCAUAUAACAGUCCACACAGGAGAAAGGAAAUAUCAAUGCUGGGAAUGUAAAAAAUCCUUCAAAAGAAGUGACCAUCUUCAAAGCCAUCUAACAAUCCACACAAGACAAAGGAGAUAUCAAUGCCCAGAAUGUGAAGAAUCCUUCAACAGAAAUGAAGAUCUUGAAAGGCACCUAAGAAUCCACACAGAUGGAAACCUACAUAAAUGCCUGGAAUGUGGAAAGAGCUUCAAUUGUAAAAGCAACCUUUAUACACACCAAAGAAUCCACACAGGAGAGAAACCAUAUAAAUGCCUGGAGUGUGGAAAGAACUUCACUCAGGCGGGCAACCUUUAUGUACAUCAAAGACUCCAUUUACAGAAACCAUACCAAUGUGGGAAAUGUGAAAAAUGCUUCAAAAAUAUUCAAAUCCUUGAAAAACAUCUAAGAAUCCAUAAGCCAUGUAUACACAUUGAAUGAUUCACACUGGAGAAAAACCGAAUCAAUGCCUGGAGUGUGGAAAGAGCUUCAGUUGGAGAAGUGCAUCAAAGAAUCCAUUGAGAA